GCCAUCAGGGAGAUCCUGCUCGCAAGUGACACGAAUCGAUUGGUUGCAGAGCUGACAUUUGUUCGCAUUAACGACCUGGCUGCUCCUCCGGAAAAUGUGAACUUCUUGAUGUACUUGGAGCCUUUCGUUGGCUUUCUGAUCUUGGCCAACGGUAUCCUGAUCGGCUUGCAGACUGAUCCGACAUUCGAGGACUGGCCGCACUGGGUCUACGUUGAGAUGGUCUUCAAUUUCUUCCUGGUCUUAGAGGUCAUGCUACGCCUUUGCAGCUUGAACCGAUUGCUUGGUUCGUGUUUUCAGAGCAGCAACUCUAGGGCCUAUGGUGCAGCGCAUCAGGAUUGUUCACGUGUCCUUUGUGCCAUCGGCUAUCCAGUUGUGGAUAUGGCCGAGAUGGAU